AUAGUAGCUACUGGCGGUAUAUAGCAAGUCAGGGAUUAUGGAAGAUGCCUGGUCGAUUUUUAUCAUUUUUUAAAUUCUCUUCUCAACCAUGAGGCUGAGCUCUGUUUGUGGUUCGAAAAUAGUCUUUCCUUACUUUUCAACUUUGAAUUUUCAUGUCAAUGGACAGAGUUCUGAUACAUCAUGUGAGCAUAAAGAUGGUGUCACUAUCAGGCAGUUGGAUACUGCUACUAUGGUGUCUGUGAUAUCGCUUGUGCAUGAAACUGAUAAAGCAGUUCACCUUUAUUGCGUAAACAAUGUUUCUAAGCAGACUGUACUUGAUUACACUUUAAAACCGGGUGUGUUAUCUGAUGUGAAUAAUUUGACACUUGAUUUCACUCUCAAUGACACCCUGCAGAUGUACUGGUCUCAGCCUUCCAAUGUGUGUCAAUGUGAUAGAAACGAAUCAUGCGAUAUUACUUAUAAAGUCUCUUUUGAUGAGGAUCCCAAUGGAUUAGAGCAUGUGGCGCAUGGUCCUUAUUUUGAACUCCCUCGUGUCAGCAAGUUCGAUGCACUGUCUGUCGAGGUAAUUGUACCUCAAAAUCAAACAAUUAGAUGUGUACCUGCUACUACUACCUUGAGCACCUCCAAUGAUACUACUCGUAGUGCUCCUCAAAACAAGAAAUUGUUUCUAUUCAUAGCCAUGCUUUUGGUGGUAGCCUGUAGUCCAUUCUGUUACAAGAUUUGGAUAUGUUAUAUAAAGGCCUGCUUGUUAGUCUGCUAUAGGCUGUACCAUUUUAUAAUGAAGAAGAGAAAUGCAAAGCCUCUACUUCCGAUAUUUGAUACACCUGCUCAUCCAUGUGCCUUCAUUGUUGUAACCCGCCCAUGAAUGACACAACUUCAUGAUUAUUUAAAGAAGAUGUAAUACAGUGCUUUGCAGGUUGCUUGACCCAGUUUCUGCUCACGUGACAUGUAUUACUAGUAUGGUGAGAGUCACGUGAUUAACGAGUUUGCAGGGUCAAGUAACCUGCAAAGCCACUGUAUUACAGAUGACAUGCUAAAGUGAAUUGUUUAAUUUUUU